UCACAGCCUCCCCACCGCCGAGUGACUUUCUCCACGGCCAAUCAGGCGCAGGACCUGCAGGACCUGCAGGACCCGUCCCAGCACAGCUACUACGACAGCGGCCUGGAGGAGUCGGAGACGCCCAGCUCCAAGUCCUCCUCGGGGACCCGGGUCGGCCCCCUGGCGCUGCCCGAGGACCACUACGAGAGAACCACGCCCGACGGCAGCAUCGGAGAGAUGGAGCACCCGGAGAACGACCUCAGGCCUCUCCCCGACGUGGCGAUGACCGGUAACUGCACCCACGAAUGCACCGAGUUUGGCCACUCUGACUCCUGCUGGAUGCCGGGCGGCGAGCCUUCCCCCACUCGCAAGGUGUCCCUGAACGCCCCCUCCAAGGUUUCCACCUUCGUGCCUUACCAGGAAACGGAGGGGCAGGAGCAGCUGAUGGCCAACGGCAGCCCCAAGCCUCUGACGGAGGACCGUGGGACGGGUACUGGAGGUUCUGGAGGUGGAUCCAAAGUGGCCAACAUGCGGUUCAUGACCCCCUACAGCAGUGCCUACUCUGGAGACCCGUCCGGAAAAGACUGUGAGCGCGAAGACAUCCCGUUGAGCCAGGCGGUCGAGUUUCACUCCGCCACGACUCCAACCGGCCAGACCUCCAAGAGGGAAAUCUACCUGUGAGGGGCGAAGAUUUCCACGUUAAAAUCCCACGAAAACCACCUCCCUACGUGUAACCGGUCUGGUGGGACGCCACAUUUAUCUCUGCGUUGUGUUGGGUGAUCAAAUAAAACCACAGGAUUUAUUAUCUGUGCAAAACAGAAUAUAAUAACUACAGCAGGAAAUGGCUUCACCAGCUUUUCUACAUUGACACCUCUCCUGAAGCGAGGCCUGAAGCGAGGCCUGAAGCGAGGCCUGAAGCGAGGCCUGAAGCGAGGCCUGAAGCGAGGCCUGAAGCGAGGCCUGAAGCCGACUCAGGAAGCAUACACAAAAUUCGAAAUAAUUAAAUUAACAUAUUUAACACAGGGGUGUCCAAACUACGGCCCGGGGGCCAAAUGCGGACCAUUGAAUCGGCGCUCAGCAAAUUCAAAAAGUAUAAUGGAAUAUGGGCCACAAAUGAAACGUGUGCUUGUACUUCUUAAAUAUAAAUUAAAUAUAUCACACAGUAGAAUUCAUGUGUUAAUAUUAGACCACUUUUCAAAUAAAUUCAGUCAAUUCAAGUUGGAAACAUGUUCUAACAUAUCUUAGUUGAUAAGAGAAAAGCCCAAUGACUUAUUUACAAGCUUGAAAUACACCCUUCAUAUUCUCCUCAUUAUAAUCACUCUUCUGUUUGAAGGGAUGAGCUGCCAUCACUCACGAGCAUCCUUUACCGACAUGUGAUUGAUUUUGCUAACUUAUAACUGAACUUAUGAGGCCAUACACCUCUAGUGAGCGGCCCAGCCGUUCUGUAUGUUGCCCUCGGUGACAAAAGUUUGGACACCCCUGCUUGAACUCAUAUACAUUUAUCCAUGGUGGCAAAUUAGUUGUUUUUUUGUAAAUUAAUAUAUAAAAAUAAACAAUACAAUUUACAAUUACACAUCACAACGCAGAGAUAAACGUGACGUCCAACCAGACCGGUUACAUACACACCUGAUUUCCCCCCCGUCGCUGCUCGCAAAAACCACAAGUCCCGCCCCCUCACCUUCGCCCCCUGUGCCUAAAAUACUACCAACGCCCCUUUCUUCCUUUUUAUAACUGCAUCCACCAGACAAGGCUUUAGACCCUCGCCCUCCUCCACCCACUGCCUCCUCCACCCUCGCCCUCCUCCACCCACUGCCUCCUCCACCCUCGCCCUC